GGUUAUGUGAUUAAAAAAGUAAACAAAAUCAAAUCAAAGCUGAAAAUGCUGUUGAAAUGCAUCCAAUGUAUUUACCAAAGAAGUCUCAUCCAAAAAUCCGUUCUCCGAACAUUCAGAACUUCAACAUAUUUGUACGAUGAAAAAGACCAGAAAAGAAAAGCCUUUUUGGAUUCAAUAAAGGCAAACCGAGCGAAAAAUAUAACAGAGGACAGUACUAUAGCAGAAAAAGAAUCCCUAAUUUCUCUAUUGAAUGUCCAAAAGGUUACUGGACCAAUUCCAAAGGGCUUUAAAACCAUAUACAAGUUUCCUCAGAUCAGAUACCUUGGUCUCAUAAACAGGCUCAAAGUUUACCAAACAUUAUUCACUGGUUUGACCAUAGUAGGAACUAGUUUGUUUUAUUUUUGUGGAAUUUUAUCUGGAAAUGUAGUUAUAUCUAGCACAGUUAUUGGUUUAGCAGGAUGCGCUACUUUAUAUAGUUUGGGCUAUGUAGCAGCAAGAUUUGUAGGCUUUAUCUAUUACAACGAAGAAACAGAUAGAGUAAGGAUAGCCUACGUUGAUUUUUGGGGCAGAAGGAGAGAUAUUGAAAUUCCUAGGGAUGAUAUUAUGCCACGAGCUGACGCACCUGUUGGCUUCAUAAACAGAGUAUGGUUUCCUUUAAGAAGAUAUUCAACUAAUGAAAUACUAAAAUUGCAACUGGAACAAGGAUUAAUAUUAGAUCAGAAAAUUUUAAAAAAGAUUUUAUAA